AUCAAACAAGAAGGCAGACAGGCAGGAAAAGUAGCCAAGCAUAUGUUAGUAUCACUCUGGGGACGAAUAUUCUCAGAUGAACGAAGACCGGGCCCAUAUCGGCGUAUGGCGCCAUUUAUUUCAGCAAGAGGACAUAAACAAUAUCGGAAAAAAUCAUCCCAUUAG